AUAUAUUUGUGCUCUCUUUAAAGAGUGGCAUUGUUCUCUGGAUUCUUCCCAUUUUGGGUGCUAUGGGGUCAAUGUUUGGUGAAUGGCCUUCAAUUGACCCUCACAAUUUCAGCCAGCUUCGCCCUUCUGAUCCCUCCACUCCUUCUAGAAUGACACCCGUGACUUAUCGCCCUACUCAUGAUAGGACUCUUCCUCCACCAAAUCAAGUUAUUAGUUCAGAAGCCAAAAAUAUACUUCUGAGACACCUAGAGCAGCGUGCUGACGAGAAGUUGAGACCAAAGCGAGCUGCGGCUGAAAAUCUGGCACCCGAGCAUGGAUCGAAGCAUCUUAAGGUAUCCAACUGAGAUGCUUUUCUUUUUGGUGCUACCCCCGGGCGGGAAGAAGAUGAGGUAAUGCGAAGUGUGGCGGUUGCAAACAGGACGAUACACAACUUGGUUUUAGAAGAUUAACUAACUUAUAUAUAGGUUAAAAUCUUCUGGUUUUCUGCAUAUUUCUGUAAAUAUUGCUGUAAUGAUGCAGAUGCAUGUUGUUGUAAAACUAUGAAGAGCUUGUUUGUCAGUAGUCAUAUAGCAAAUGAGAUGUACACUA